CGCAUUGCAUAUUUACAUGGAUCAUGGUGUCGCUGUAGACAGCGAAUUAAAAAAUUCAUCUGUUUCGCUAUGGGUCACAAAGCAGAGUGUCAGAUUGAGCCGUGCUGACCCUACCUCGAGCCUACCUGCCUGUACCGGCCGCAUUUGUCUCUUCUACCAAUUAUGUGUUCCCUUCAACGAAAGCUAAUUCUGCCUAUAUGUAUGUAUUUGUAUAUGCAAAGAGAUCAAACCUCCCCCCCCCCCUACUCAUACACCUUUUCAUGUUGCCAGGGUUGAUGUAGCUAGAUACAAUCGGUAUCAGGUUUACCAGAUUCUGCUCGCAUGCAUCUCACCAAUCGUCUUUUUCCAAACAAAGGUAGCGAUGAGAGGUUCAAAGAUGGAAAAAAAGAUGAAAUACUCCACUCCACGUCUUACACUAGACCCAGUGGCACUUGGUAAGGGAGCUAAAGAGCAAGGGAAUACAUGGAAUGAUCCAGCGAGUCUUAUCAUUCGUACCUUUAUAGGCUUAAUCGCCGACAUAUUGACAAGACUUGCUCCUGGACCAUACUAA